AUGGACCCGCAUCUCGACCCGUCGACCGCCAUGGUCGAUCCCAACAUGGACAAAAAUGCCGCCCCCAUGGAGGUGGAGGAGCCCGUCUCUGUACAUGACGCCAAGGCAUUCGCCGAGAAGCAUCUCGCCGAUCUCGGCCAAGAGGAGGAAGCCUUCGCCGUCUGCACAUGGAAGGUCAAGGGGUGGCGCACACUAGACAAACGACUCACCGGCCCAGAGUUCGAGUGCGGCGGUCAUCGAUGGCGCAUCCUCCUGUUCCCCUUUGGCAAUUCCAAUGGCCAGCCCAACGACAUGGUUUCGGUCUACCUUGACUACGCGGAUCCCAAGGGCAGUCCCGAGGGCUGGCACGUCUGCGCACAGUUCGCCCUCGUCAUCUCGAAUCCACAGGACCCCACCAUCUUCUCUACAAGUCAAGCACACCACCGCUUCACUGCAGAGGAGAUGGACUGGGGCUUCACCCGCUUCAACGAGCUCCGAAAGCUCGCUGUGCCCACUGACGGCCGAAGCCGGCCCAUCAUCGAGAACGACUGCGCCGAUGUCACUGCCUAUGUGCGCGUCCUCAAGGAUCCCACCGGUGUUCUUUGGCACAACUUUAUCAACUACGACUCGAAGAAGGAGACCGGCUACGUGGGCCUGAAGAAUCAGGGUGCCACUUGCUACAUGAACUCGCUCCUCCAGUCGCUGUUCUGCACACAUUACUUCCGUAAGGCCGUCUAUCAAAUACCCACCGAAGGCGACAUCCCCUCCGAAAGCGUUGCAUUGGCGUUGCAACGCGUCUUCUACCUGCUCCAAACAUCAGAGCAGCCCGUCGGCACCAACGAGCUGACCAAAUCGUUCGGCUGGAAAUCGCUCGACAGCUUCCUCCAGCACGACGUGCAGGAGUUCAACCGUGUCCUGCAGGAGAAGCUCGAGACCAAGAUGAAAGGUACCGCUGCGGAUGGCGCCAUCACGAGACUAUUCGUCGGCAAGAUGAAGUCAUACCUCCGAUGUGUCAACGUCGACUACGAGUCGUCGCGCUCUGAGGAGUUCUACGAUAUCCAGCUCAACGUCAAGGGCAUGAACACCCUAGCCGACUCGUUCCGCGACUACGUGCAGACCGAAAUGCUCGAAGGCGACAACAAGUACCACGCCGAGGGGUACGGUCUCCAAGAUGCGAAGAAGGGUGUCAUCUUCGAGAACUUCCCACCGGUGCUCCAUAUGCAGCUCAAGCGGUUCGAGUACGACAUCGAGAAGGACUCGAUGGUCAAGAUCAACGACCGCCACGAGUUCCCGCUCGAGAUCGAUCUCGCCGACUACCUCGACAAGGAGUCACCCGUCAGCAAGGAGGACUGGAAGUACAAGCUGCACGGCGUUCUCGUCCACUCGGGCGACUUGCACGGCGGCCACUACUUUGCGCUGCUCAAGCCGGAAAAGAAUAGCAAUUGGUUCAAGUUCGACGACGACCGCGUCACGCCCGUGACCGAGAAGGAGGUGCUCGAGGACAACUACGGAGGCGAGAUCCCCAACGGCCACCCGGCAGGGCAGAUUGGCGCCCGUGCUCCCGUGCGGGCUAUGAAGCGUUUCACCAACGCAUACAUGCUGGUGUACGUGCGCGAGCGCGAUAUUGACGAGGUCCUCAAGCCCAUGGCACCAGAAGACACGCCAGUGCACCUGCGUCAGCGACUCGAGGACGAGCGUCUCCAGAUGGAGGCACGCAAACGCGAGCGCGAGGAGCAGCACCUCUACCUCACCGUCAAGCUGAUCACCGAAGACACCUUCCGCGGCCAUCAAGGCUUCGAUCUGGCCACCUUCGAGGAGCGCAACCUCCCUGCCACCGACCUGCCAACGUUCCGCGUGCUCAAGAACGAGUUGUAUCUCAACUUCAAGUCACGCAUCGCAGCGCAGUACAACCUGUCCGAGGAUCAGCUCCGCAUGUGGGUGCUGGUCAACCGUCAGAACAAGACGGUGCGACCCGAUACCGUCGUGCCCGAGAACGACCCCAAUCUCACGCUCGAGACGGUGCGCGACCGCAUGGCAUCGCGCCAGCACGAUCUGCGCCUCUUCCUCGAGGUGGUCAACGGCGAAAUUCCCAACACGGAAGCCAACCCGUCGAUGAUGAUCUUCCUCAAAUACUUCGACACGUCGAGGCAGACAUUGCUGGGAGUCUCGCGCGUCUACGUCCAGCGCCACAUGAAGGUGGGCGAUCUGGCGCCGACCAUCAACGAGCUCAUGCGCUGGCCACCAGCGACGCAGGUCAAGCUCUUUGAGGAGAUCAAGCCGGGCAUGAUCGAGCAGAUGAAGCCCAAGGCCACCUUUUCGCAGAGCGAGAUCCAGGACGGCGACGUGAUCUGCUUCCAGAUCGAGCUGUCGGAGAAGGACGCGCACGACUACGAGUCGCAGUCGCUCUACUCGAAUCCGAUCCAGUUCUACGACUUUUUGCAGAACCAGAUCAAGGUGCUGUUCAAGCCGCGCUUCGAGGACGUCGACUACAAGGCCGAGUUCGAGCUGACGCUGAGCAAGAAGAUGACGUACGACAUGAUGGCGGCCAAAGCGGGCGAGCGACUCAAGCACGAUCCGUUCAAGCUUCGCUUCACCACGGGCAACGGGCCGAACGGAACGCCCAAGACGGUGCUCAAGCGCACGGCCAACCAGACGGUCAACGAGAUUGUGUCGCCGAGCUACAUCCAGGGUCAAGCGUCGUUGUUGUACUACGAGCUGCUCGAUGUGAGCAUCAUCGAGCUCGAGACGAAGCGCAACUUGAAGAUCUACUGGACGGGGGCGAACAACAAGGAGGAUUCGGUGCACCAGUUCCUGCUUCCCAAGACGUCGACGAUUGCGGAGGUGAACGAGCAGUUGGCGCGCCAGGUGAAGUUGACGCCGAACGGCAGCGGCAAGGUUCGACUGUUCGAGGCGAUCCACAACGGGCGUCAGCAGCGCGAGUUCCUGGGCGUCGAGAUGAUCGGCAACAUUGGCGAGUCCGCCGAGCUGUUUGCGGAAGAAGUACCGGUCGAAGAGCUCAACCUCACGGAGGACGACAAGAUCAUCAACGUCUUCCACUUUAGCAAGGAGCUGGCCCGGACGCACGGUGUACCAUUCCGCUUCGUCGUCAAGCGCAACGAGCCCUUCCGCGAAACAAGGCGACGUCUACAGGAAAGGUUGGAGGUCCAGGAGAAGGAAUUCGCCAAAUUCCGUUUCGCCCUCGUCCAAAGCUCCACAUACAAGCAACCCACCUACCUCGAAGACGACGAUCUGCUCUACGAACACAAGUUCCAACCCGACGACGCCCUCGGAUUGGACCACCUCGAUAGGAGCGGCCGUGCCGCCAGAUUCGGCAACGGCGCCGUCCAGGAUAAGGGCAUUCGCAUUCGUAGUUAA